AAAAGCUGCCAUGCACGCUGCUGACCCUAACCUGACUUCCAGCCCACACCAAGACACACAAGACUUCUCGACUUCCGUUGGCAUCCGGACAAGGCGCCAUCCUCUCCUCUUGAUUUAAUUGUGGGCUCCCCGCUCUAUCGCUAGCCACGAAGCAAACCACACCAUGGCUACGCAGUACUCGUCCACAGAGCCGCUCAGGCCCAUCGCCCCAGCAGCAACAACAGACACGCAAUCCACCACGCCCCCAGUCCCGGGCAUCCAAAUUGACGGCGCGAGCGACGAUGAUGAGAGAGGCCGCAGCGCCGAAGCACGCACCGCAACGCCAGCCAACAAUGCCAGCUUGAACCCCAGCGUGAACCCAAGUCGCGCAGCAUCGCCAAACCCACAACACUUCUACCCACACACGCAAGUAACCUACGAUGACCCCGAUUUCCGCCGCCCGCCGCCGCUCAAAUACUCGCUGCGAACGCGGAGAAAGUCCAUUUUCUGGUUCUGGUCCCUCAUCAUCCUCGACUGCAUCGUCAUGCCCAUUGCUACGUACUUUGGCAUGUGGUAUGGCCUAACGCGAGACCAACUGUCGGCAAACGCAACCUUUAGUAUCAGCACAGCGCUCUUGGGAACUGUGUCCAUUGUCGAGUACUUCAUUCGCUUUUACCGCUUGUGGAAGAAGGAGUCCAACUGCAGGGUCAUUGGAGCAAAGCGAUACUAUCUCGAUUGGUUCCACUGGAACCUCUCGGUUGGUUGGAUCUUUGUUAUGAUUGAGCUGAUUGCCGGCACAACGCCCCAUGAUCCCCCCAUCCGCGUCCUCGCUAUGCCCGCAUCCACCAUGCUCUUCGCUAUUGGCGUAGAGCUCCUCCUCGUCGACAUCCUACGCAUCUUGAAGGUCCCCGCGCCCUGCCGUAUCUCUUCGCUUCCCAAGGGCGCACCGCUGCGCCCCGGAAUCUACGCAUACAUUGAGGAUAUUUGCGGUGUCGAUGGCUCAGGAGGCACAGAGUUCCGUCAGAGAUUGAAUCUCAGAUAUCAGGCUAGCAAAGCUUUCCGCGAGAUGUUGCACCGCUUAACGCUGUUCUGGGCGUUGGGCGCUAUCGUGUGCUCUGCUGCUUGCACAGCCAUCGUAUUCACUAUUCAGCGAGACGCUGCCUACGUUGUUGGCUGGGUCAUGCCCUUCCUGUGGGCUGCCAUUUGGACCGCCAUCACUAUUCCGUGGGUCCAAAGAGACCUCGUCAAAGAAUACGAGCAGUGGACUGAAGCCAAUUUCAAGGCCUAAGUCAUUUCCUUUGUCCGUUUCAUUGUUAGUGUAUGAUUAUCCAUGGGUUAUAGCAAAUUCAUAGCGAUGGCGUUCGCACGAGACACGAUGGGGGUUUUCCGAAUCAAGACUCUAGAUACCAUUUUCCGUUGUAGGAUGUUAGUAACUAUUACACUGUCCAAAUCGUCGCAACCUAAUAUGCGAUAUCGUUUCCCGUACACAUUGUUAGCAACUAUCGCACUUGUGUCCAAAUCCGUACCCCCUGUGCCCCCGUCGCACAACGUAGCUGUAGCAACAACACAAAAAGCCCUGACAUCAUCAAUGCCAAUGCCAAAUUCCUGUAUUCUC